CGGGCGGAGCAGUCGCCUUCUUUUACGAUUCUCUGAAAAAGGUGUCUUCACUGGCACGUAUCUUUGUCGGAGCUGUGCAUUGCUAUAGGAGUCGCAUAAUCUAAUCAGCACAUUAACAGGGCGAUAACGUCCGCUCGUAAAUCCAUGACUCGACUAACGAUCUUUCCACGUGAACCAAACGCGUACAUUUGACACAUCCAACGUCGUCCGACGCGAUGUUUUGCUCGUAUAGGUGUGAAACGACGCGAAUUGUGACCGGCCAUUAAUUUCACCCCGCGUGUGCUGUAAGAUUUCCGAAUAAAUACUCCAAGUUCGUAGAUUCGUGUCGUAAAAUCGACAACCGUGCACGGAGUGCAUAAUCUAAGAAGAAGCGGUUAUGAGAGUUCGAUGACCACAGGCUCGCGGACCAUCGACGCUACCAUGGACUACCUGCAGACGUGCCUCAUCUUUUACCUGCUGAUCCUCUGCUUCUGCGGCGGACGUUCCAUAGACAUAUCACAAUGCAUCGCACCUCUGGGGAUGGAAUCGGGCGCGAUUCCCGAUGCGGACAUCACUGCGAGCUCUAGCUUCGAUAGCGGAAACGUCGGGCCGCAUCGCGCACGGCUGAAGCAGGAGAGCCACGGAGGUGCCUGGUGUCCGAAACAGCAGAUCACGGCGGAGCCGCGCGAAUGGUUGGAAAUCGAUCUUCACACAGUGCACACGAUCACGGCGACCGGUACUCAGGGUCGCUUCGGUAACGGUCAGGGUGUCGAGUAUUCGGAGGCGUACAUGCUGGAAUACUGGAGGCCGAAACUAGGAAAGUGGGUCCGCUAUAGAAACUUCCGUGGCGAAGAGGUUAUCGCGGGGAACAAAAAUACCUACCUGGAGUCGAAGCACGAACUGGAGCCAUCAAUAUGGGCGAGCAAAAUUCGUUUCCUACCCUACAGCUACCAUCGUCGCACCGUUUGCAUGCGCGUCGAGCUCUACGGCUGCCCUUGGAACGACGGCAUCGUCUCCUACUCGAUGCCCCAAGGUGACAAGCGCAACAAUUGGGAAUUCUUCGACGCAACUUACGACGGUUAUUGGGACGGACAACUUCUUCGCGGUUUGGGACAACUGACAGACGGCAAGACCGGACCGGAUCAGAUUAAGAUGGGUUACUAUGACAACUACGAUAGAAGUCAGGGAUGGGUUGGCUGGAAGAACGACACGAGGUCCGGGCAUCCGCUCGAGAUCAAAUUCGAAUUCGACCACGUCAGAGAAUUUUCGGCCAUUCACAUUUACACUCUCAACCAAUUCACCAGAGAUAUACAGAUAUUCUCCGAGGUCAGCGUUAUGUUCAGCAUUGGCGGCAGAUACUACACGGGUGAUCCUAUCGUGUAUUCCUACAUGGAGGACAAAAUCUUCGAGCAACCGAGAAAUGUUACAGUCAAGUUACACCACCGAAUCGGCAAGUUCGUCAAAUUGAAAUUCAAGUUCGCCUUACGAUGGAUUAUGAUCAGCGAAAUCACCUUUGACUCCGACAUUGCUCACGGUAACUUCACGCCAGAAACGCCGCCCACGACCGAAGCUCCGCGAUUGCGGGAUAGAACUUUGACUCGCGACAAUCCGUUGCAAGCCGAAGUUCCGGUAGCUAAGCAGGACGAUCCGACUUACAUGGCUGUGAUCAUUGGCGUCUUGACCGUCGUAAUUCUGCUACUGGCGGUAGCCAUAUUCCUAAUAGUCACGCGUCACAGACAGCGUAAGAACUUUGCCAGUCCUCUGGGCGCCAAGAGCGCGAUUCCGACGGGCAAUCAUCAGCAUCUGUCGCCAGAAUCCGCGUACGGCACCACGGAGAAGGAUCCCUCCUUGAUGACCUACCGGGUCGAGGAACUCGACGACCGGUACGCCGGUACGAAGCUCACGACCCUACCGCGAGAUCUCAAUGAUCGUCUUUUGGGCGAUGUCAGGCUUGACGAGUACCAGGAACCCUUCCAUGAGAACAAGUAUCGAGAAUCUCCUCAUGCGGCGUACUACGGAUACAGCACGGUUGUUGUAGACAACAAGGACCUUCAUGACAACGUCGAACAGUCUGAUGCCACGUACGAUUAUGCAGUACCAAUGCCUGUGCCUAGUGUAAGCAGCGAUCAGGAUAGCGUAUUCUCGAAAUCGUCCUCCAGGGGUAGCGCAAAGGCGUGCUUGCAGAGCUUUUUUCCGCCGCCUCCGCCCCCGAUGAGCGCACCACCUCUUCGAGGUUCCAACAAUUUGACGUACUCGAAUCCACCGAGUCCGGAACCAGUUUGCGAGCGUGAGCGCAGAAGUAGCAAGCGCCGCGAGCACUCCUUGCACAGAUACGCGUAAGGACUUCUCGCAACCCGCAGGAUAUUCACGGAAAGCGAAAGGAUCGAAGGUAUGAUGGAUGCUUCAAGCAACGAGAUCGCGUGAUCGAAUGAACCCUCCGGCACUGGUUCACCUUCCAGAACUCUGUUCUAUUUAAUGUUCCAACAAUAAUUCUUUCAUAUUUGUAACAUUACACUAAUUCGAAAGUUAUAUUUAAAUAAUAAUUCUUUUGCUUUUCUUCGCGCUAGAAAAAGAUACACUUUUCAUUGAUCCAGUUUCUCUCGUGUUAUCGUGCUUUGUCCAAUAAUUAUUCAUGAGUAUGCUAUUAUCAACUUCGUGAUCAAAUUAAACUGUCGUCUUGUGUGACGAAUUCUCUUUGCAAGAGAAUGCUUAUAGAAUUAAAUUAUUCACACGUAUACAUACGUGGUCCUGAAUUUUACAAAUCCAUUCCACACGCUUUAUUCCGUACGCGUGUUUUACAAUAUUUAUACGGAGGGAAGGAACGUAAGCAUGGAGCAGAGUAAAAUAGCUCCAGUGCCGUGAGGAUGCUGCGAGAACACACCCGUUGUUAAUCCCAAGGUAAAGGGCGGUGGCAAAAGUAACACGUUGUAUAUUUCGAAGUAAACGCUGUGAGCGACCGCGCGGCGAAAGGGGUCGUAAUCCUGCUUGUUACAACGACGAUAUUUUUUCCCCCGAGUUUAGCGCAUCGCGAGAAAAAAUAAAUAAAUAAAUAAACGACGCGAUCGCAGCGCGGUCGCGUCCGUCGCGAAACAGACCUUCUUCUCGACGAGCACUGCCAUCGACGAAUUACGAAUUUUCGAACAUAUUAAUUGUAGGCGCAAUCUCGAGCAAUCACGGUCUUUUAAAGAGAUUCGAUCUACGCAAUUUCUACGAAUAAGUAUAAUCUCGUAAUCGAAGUUGUAUUAAAUUGGCAUAUCAGUUUUUUAAUGGUAAAGUGACCUCGUGCAAACGACUCUUCCCGAGAUUCGCCCGCAAGAUCUGCACGAAAGUCUGUAAAAAAAUCACACAUUCUAAAAAAUAUUGGUGUGGAUUUAAUUUCACGCAGUAUUUAUAUAAUUCUCACUUUGAUAUUAUGUAAUAACCCCUGAUGUGUUAAUGUAACGUGUGGAUGUAACACCACAUGAUGUGGAUUUAACAUCAUGGAUUUUAAAUCCAUACCAUGAUAGGGUUGAUAUAAAUACACCGAGGAUUAAUAUUAAUAUCAACACGAUAAGAUUUAUAUACAUACCAUACGACGUUGAAUCCAUACUGGCAUCUUUUUUUUUAGAGUGCAGUACAUAUAUUUCGACGUCCAUGGUUUUCAGAUUAUUCAUUGAGAGUCAAAUCUCAGCAUCCGUCGCGUUUCAGCGUCUCACACUGCCAAAUCUUUUCGUAGUACGAAGUGGAAUUUCGUGAACGAGAUGUAACGUGUGACGUUGCGAAAUGCCACUUCCUCCUGUCAAUCUCUUCGAAUGGCAUCAGGCAAACGAUGUGUAAUCGUUACGAGGAAUAUACACAUGUCAACGUGUGCGGACGAAUUUCCAAGGAAGAGUCGCGUUAAUGAUUUGGUCUGUUCGGCGCGCAUGUGCAACAAGAUCAAGCUCGCUAUCGAUCCAAGAGGAACGCGUGGCAACCAGGGAAAAAAAAAGGACCGGGGCGGAUGAGAUAUUUAUCCGAUGGCGCGAUCGUCACGUCGGGUCGAAGAGAUAAUUAAUUACUCGCUUGAUGGAAUAAGCGGGCGUUUCAAUUAUUCGCGCGCAUGAACGAACGCCAGGCGACGCGACGCUUGACAUCAGGAGGAAAAAGCCGCGACGAGAUCGACGUAACGAUAUUUAAAAAGGAGGAACGAUAGCGAGCUUCGAUCCCGCCUCACACAAGACUGAUGUCAUAUAAAUAAUUCAGUAAUCCGACUUGCGCCAUGCACGCGUAUGUCAUAUUAUUUAUUGUCCCGUGACGGAUUUUUAAUUUAUAUAUACAUAUAUAUAUAUACAUACGAAAAAAAUAAAAAAUAUAUAUAGAUAUAUAUAUAUAUACAAAAAAGGUAAAAUACGUAUUAUCGUACGACGACGAAUUUUAAGCAUAUAAUAGAUUAUAUAUAAGUCCAAUUAACUUUAUUUCUCUAUCUCUACCGACAUCGCCUUCAUGCAACGAGGAGAAUCGAGAAUUACCAGCGUUAAGGAACCGACAAUACAGGGAUGAGACAACAAUAACUACAUGUGUACGUAAUUGAACAAAAGAGAAAAAAAAAACGUAGAGAGAUUCGGGAUAUCGGGUGCGCAAGGAUGAGA